AUGUACAAAAAUAGAGGAAUUUCUAAUGAGCUUUCUCAAAAAAGUUUAGUUGAAAAAUAUUCUUGCAUUAUUGAAGAAAUAUAAAAAAAAUAAAACCAUCUACAUAUUUUAGAUAAUUACUCUCCUAUUCUCAUUUCGAAACAAAAAAUUAAAUUUUAAGAGGAAGAUGAAUUUAACAAUUCAUAAAUUAGUUAAGUCAGUUAAAACUGCUCAAUUAUGUAAUAAAGAUAGUAUUAAGAUUAAAGCUUAAAUUAAAAUAGUUAUAUUGAUAAUGAACUCAAUGCAAUAUUUCAUUAAGCUAAAAAAAAUAGAGAUUUUGGGAAUACUUUUACUCUAUCAAAUACAGGAUAUUCUUUGAAAAAUUCUAGAUAAGAACUGAUGAACAGUUAAAUAAAUUCAUAAAGAAGUUUACGCUGUUCUAAAAGCCUUCAUUAAUAAAGCUAGAAUGAAAUAGAGCUUAAAAAUAAUUCUCCUAAAUAUUAGUUUUAUAAGCAUUCUUAUAGUAGGAGUAGAAGCAAUAAAAAAAUAAAUACAAUAAAAGAAUCUUAAGUGACUGUAUAAAAUUUGAGAUAAUAUUAAUAGUCUCAAGAUAAUUAAAAUUACUACUUCGAUCAAUUGCCAAACAAACAGAAUAAAAAGAUUAAUAUCUAUAAUAGUUAGUAGCAAAAAUAAAGUUAAAUAGCUAUAAAAGAUAAUAGAUAACCAAAUGAAGAGCUACAAUAUACUUAUGAUAAAAUAAAAAUAUUAAAGAAAAGUUAUUAGAAGAAUGAAUAAAUUAGUUAUUAAAAUCAACUGUUAAUAAAAAGCUUGAAUGAUACAAAAGAAAUUUUAGAUAAUGCCAGAAUAAGUAAUGAGUAAGAGGACUUUUAAUUUUAAAGCUAAAAAUUGAAUAGCAAGAAUGUUAUUUUUGACAGGUAACUAGAGUCAAACUCAAAACAUAACAUUGAAAAUAAAGAAAAUGAAGGAGCAAAUUAUUACAAUUUAGCUCAUAAAAAUAAUUUUCUUAAAAUAGGAAAUUAACUUUGUUAUUAAAAAAUAUCAGAUUCAAAAAACUAUUAGCUAGGUUAAAUAAAAUAAAAUAAUGAUAGUAUUAUUGAAUUUGACCCACAUUAAGAUACAUAGUAAUCUAAGUAUGGUCUUAUUAAACACAAAGAAUAGUUUUAUAAAUCUAGGAAAUUUAAAACAAAUUCACAAUAGUUUGUAGAAGUAGAGAUUGUUAUGCCUACUGAAAAGUGUAAUAAAUCUUCUGUGAUACAUCAUCAUGAUAAUACAAAUUAAAAGUAAAUAUAAAAAUGA